AUGGAUGUCCAUACCCCAAACUCAAGGGAGGUCCCUCCAAUGAAGAUUUUGUACUUUAGCAACGAGUUUCCCGCAGAUGACUUGCACGAACUGCUUCGACGACUUCACACCCACAGCAAAGAUACACAACAUGUUAUCCUUGCCCGGUUUAUCUACGAGGCAACCUUAGCCAUCAAAGAUGAGGUGCGCCAGCUGCCCACCCCCUUACGGGCUUUGGUUCCGGCGUUUGAAAACGUCCUUGAACUGGCCAACUACACCGAUUUGCGCAAAGGGCCUCUGGCUGGAUCUAUUGAUGGUGUGCUACUCUGUGUAGUCCAGCUGUCCUCACUCAUCGGAUACUACGAGAAUGCACCCUACGAGUUUGACCAUGCCACCGUCAGGACGUAUUUAGCUGGACUAGGGAUCGGCCUCAUGGUGACCGCAGCUAUGGCAUGUGCCCCCUCUUUGGCCGACAUUCCUUCCAGCGGUGCACAGGCCGUUCGAUUGGCCUUUCGUCUCGGAGUCCUCGUCGAUGAGGUCUCGCACACUUUGCAGCCCCGAGACACUACCGGCUCUCCAGACAGCUGGGCAUAUGUCCUUCCAGAUGUGGCAGUGUCCGAAGUCCAAGAAGAGUUGGACACGAUCCACGCCCUGAAGUCAACUCCCGAAGCCAGUAAAAUCUUCAUCAGCGCCCUCAGCGCCACCUCGGUGACUAUUAGCGGCCCACCUGCGAGACUGAAGGCUCUCUUUCGUACCGCGGACUUUUUCCGGGAUCGCAAGUUUGUUGCCCUUCCUGUCUACAGUGGUCUGUGUCAUGCGAAGCACAUUUACAAGGCCGAGGAUGUGGCCCAAGUCGUGCAAUCGGAUACAAUGUCUUCCGUCGCUCGUCCCGUCCUCCCUGUGUUCUCAACUAGCACAGGCAAGCCCUACAUCGCAGCGACGGCGGAAGAGUUAUUCGGACAGAUCGUCUCGGAAAUUCUUACCCAGCCAAUCUGCUGGGACAAGGUGAUCCAGGGAUUGGUGCAGGAGGCCGAUGAUCUCGCCGCGUUAGACUGUCGGGUCUUUGUGUUCCGCAUGUCCCUCGCCGGCCGCGAGCUGGUCAAUGGCCUGACAGGAGCCAAACUGGAGACAUCGACUGAGGACGUCAUUGCAUGGACAACGCAGCCCUCGACAAUCCCCUCUACACCUCGAGGCCCCGCCCAGUCCAAGAUUGCCAUCGUCGGCAUGUCCUGUCGUAUGCCAGGAGGUGCCACGGAUACGGAAAAGUUUUGGGACUUAUUGGCCUCUGGGCUGGACGUGCACAGAAAGAUUCCCGCGGAUCGAUUCGACGUUGAAACGCACUAUGACCCAGCGGGAAAGCGCAUGAAUGCCAGCCAUACACCCUACGGCUGCUUCAUUGACGAACCUGGUCUCUUCGAUGCGGCCUUUUUCAACAUGUCGCCUCGCGAGGCCCAGCAGACUGAUCCUAUGCAGCGUCUGGCCCUAGUCACGGCUUAUGAGGCGCUGGAACGGGCCGGUUACGUCGCCAACCGCACGGCGGCUACCAACUUGCAUCGCAUUGGCACCUUUUACGGUCAGGCCAGUGACGACUACCGCGAAGUGAACACAGCGCAAGAGAUCAGCACGUAUUUCAUCCCCGGUGGGUGUCGAGCGUUCGGACCGGGUCGCAUCAAUUAUUUCUUCAAAUUCUCUGGGCCCAGCUUCAGCAUCGACACCGCGUGUUCGUCGAGUCUAGCCACCAUUCAGACCGCCUGUACGUCGCUCUGGAAUGGCGAAACCGACACAGUCGUCGCCGGAGGUAUGAAUAUCUUAACAAACUCGGACGCCUUUGCUGGCCUCAGCCACGGCCACUUCCUGACGAAAACACCCAAUGCCUGCAAGACAUGGGAUGCCGAAGCCGACGGUUACUGCCGCGCUGACGGAAUCGGGUCUAUCGUUAUGAAGCGGCUAGAAGAUGCCGAGGCCGACAAUGACAACAUUCUCGGCGUCAUUCUCGCGGCGGCCACCAACCAUUCGGCCGAGGCUGUCUCUAUCACGCAUCCCCAUGCUGGCGCCCAAGCCUACCUGUACCGCCAGGUGAUGAGCCGUGCCGGUGUCGAUCCGCUAGACGUAAGCUACGUUGAGAUGCAUGGCACUGGCACACAAGCUGGCGAUCUUGUUGAGAUCGCAUCUAUUAGUGAGGUGUUCGCCCCGGCCACGCGGCGACGCACUACCAAACAGCCGCUACACAUCGGGGCGGUCAAAUCCAACGUCGGACACGGAGAGGCCGUGGCAGGCGUGACAGCACUACUAAAAGUGCUCAUGAUGAUGCAGAAGGAUGUCAUUCCCCGCCAUAUCGGUAUCAAGAACUCUCUUAACCCGGGAUUCCCCAAGGACCUCGACGCCCGCCAGCUGCGCAUCCCCUUUGAGGCCCAGGCAUGGCCUCGCCUUCCCGAGAGACGACGCAUCGCUAUUGUAAACAACUUUAGCGCCGCAGGUGGCAAUACCACCGUCGCCCUCGAGGACGCACCCAUCCGUACUAGAUCAGGGUCUGACCCCCGUUCCCUACAUCCUAUUACUAUCUCGGCGAAGAGCAAGGUUUCCCUGCGAGGAAAUCUCGAGAAUCUCCUAGCGUACCUGGACACGCAUCCGGAUGUGUCCUUGCCUGACCUCUCGUACACAACCACUGCUCGUCGAUACCACCACAACCACCGUGUGACCGUCGCUAGCGCUGACGUGGCCCAACUCCGGAAGCAGCUGACUUCCUCCCUAGCAUCAGUUGACACCCACACAUCCAUCUCCACGACUGGGUCUCCGUCCAUUGCUUUUGCCUUUACAGGCCAAGGUGCCUCCUUCAAGUCGAUGCAUAUCGAGCUCUACCACGACUGUCCGCCCUAUCGGGCGCAGGUACAGCACUUGGACACUCUGGCCCAGCGCCAGGGAUUCCCAUCGUUCAUUCCCGCCCUAGACGGGAGUCACAACAAGGACCACGCACACUCGCCCGUCGUCACUCAGCUAGCUCUCGUUGCCACAGAGAUGGCGCUUUCCGCUUACUGGGCAACGCUCGGCAUCACCCCAAGCGUAGUCAUCGGACACAGUUUGGGCGAGUACGCCGCACUGCACGUCGCUGGUGUGCUUUCAGCUAGCGACGCUAUAUUCUUGGUGGGCUCGCGUGCGCGCCUCCUGGAGGAGAAAUGUGCCAUGGGUAGCCACCGCAUGGUUGCAGUACGAGGGUCCCUGGAGACCAUUGCCGAAUAUGCCGAGACAUCCUACGAAGUCGCUUGCAUCAACGGCCCUACCGACACAGUUCUCAGCGGCACGCAGGCAGAGAUGGACGCUGUCUCGACGCAACUGCAGUCCAAGGGUCUGAAAUGUAUGAGUCUGGACGUCGCCUUCGCAUUCCAUUCGUCCCAGACAGACCCAAUCCUCGACGACUUUGAGGCCCUAGCCGCGACCGGCGUGCUCUUCCAGACGCCAACUCUGCCGAUCGUGUCGCCCCUCCUAGGCCGUGUCAUCUUUGACGAGAAGAGCGUCAAUGCAUCGUAUGUCCGUCGGGCCACGCGUGAGUCUGUCAACUUCCAUUUAGCCCUGGAGUGUGCCCAGGAGAUGGGUCUCAUCGACGAUACGACCGUCUGGGUUGAGAUUGGACCUCAUCCGGUGUGUCUUGGGUUCGUCAAGGCAACUCUCGAGAGUGUUGCUGUGUCAGUUCCGUCGCUACGUCGCGGUGAGAACGCUUGGUGUACCCUGGCACAGAGUCUGACCACACUGCACAAUGCCGGCGUCCCUGUCGGAUGGGGCGAGUUCCAUCGUCCGUUUGAGCGCUCUCUGUGUUUGCUGGACUUGCCAACCUAUAGUUGGAACCAGAAGAAUUACUGGAUCCAGUAUAAUGGGGAUUGGGCUCUCACCAAGGGGAAUACCUUCUACGAAGCCGAGAAAAAGGUAAUUUCUCCUGCUCCUAGCAGCUUCCUCACGUCGACAGUACAGCAAAUCGUCGAGGAGACUAUCCAGGGAGUCACCGGUCAGGUCGUCAUGGAGUCAGACCUGAUGCAGACAGAGUUCCUAGAGGCGGCUAAUGGCCAUCGAAUGAAUGACUGUGGGGUUGUUACAUCAUCCAUUCACGCUGAUAUUGUCUACACCCUUGGCCGUUACCUUCUGCAAAAGAUGCGGCCCGAUCUCAAAGACCCGCACAUGAACAUCGCGAACCUAGAAGUGCUCCAAGGGCUCGUCGCGCAGAAAGAUCGCAGCAAACCUCAGCGCAUCCGCGUGUCCGCCGCCACAGCCGAUAUCAACUCGGGCCUCGUCAGUCUCCACUGGUACAACCUGAGCCGAGGGGAUGCCAACGACGCAUUUGCCAGCGCGACACUGCUUUUCGAGGACGCAGAUGCGUGGAAGACGUCGUGGUCGCCCCUAGCGCACCUGAUUAACAGUCGGAUCGUGGAACUCGGCCGUCUGGCAGAAACUGGCCAGGCGACGCGGUUCUCGCAUAACAUGGCAUACCAGCUAUUCGCCCACAAUCUAGUGGAUUAUGCGCCACAAUACCGAGGGAUGAAGUCGGUGGUUCUGCACGAGCUAGAAGCCUAUGCCGAUGUGGUCCUGGCCCAGAAUGACCAUGGAACAUGGACAGUGCCGCCGUUCUUCAUUGAUAGCGUGGCUCAUCUGGCGGGAUUCAUUAUGAACGUGUCGGAUGCCGUCGAUACCAAGAAUAACUUCUGUGUCACUCCUGGCUGGAAUAGUAUGAGGUUUGCGUGUCCGCUUGUGGCUGGUGCUUCUUACCGUUCAUAUACCAAGAUGAUUCCGACACCAGAGGAUCCGGCGGUAUAUCUGGGCGAUGUUUAUAUCCUUCAGGAGGGUGUCAUUCUCGGCAUGGUUGGAGGUAUCAAGUUCAGGAGAUACCCACGUAUCCUACUCAAUCGAUUCUUCUCGGCUCCAGAUGCUGGCGCUGCAUCGACAUCUGCAUCGACCGUGACCAAGCAUGUCAAGCCUGCUGCUGUGUCUGGACCUGUGGUUGCAGCAGUCUCUAGGUUACCGCCAGUAGCUACAGCUCCAGUUGUAUCGCCGCUGCCUGCAGUUCCAGUGACAGCUACAACAACGGCAGUGCCGAUUCCAGCGCCCACUACAGCUCCCGAGACAAAUCCCGACAGCACCACGGCCAAGGCAAUCGCCCUCAUCGCCAAAGAGGGCGCGCUCGAGCUCUCGGAUCUGUCGGAUGACGCCUACUUUGCCAACUUGGGUGUCGACAGUCUGAUGAGUCUGGUGAUCUCAGAGAAAUUCCGCGACGAGCUAGGUAUCACUGUCAGUGGGAGUCUGUUCUUGGAGUAUCCGACAGUGGGGGAUUUGCGAGUGUGGUUGGAGGAGUAUUAUAAUUGA